AAGUUAAAAAAAAAAAAACGCAUCGAAUGAGACCAGUUGGGUCAAAAUCGGAGGUGACGUGGGUAUUCUGCAUAAUUACCAUUAAUUCUUUCGGUACUCAGCGUAACAACGCAAAAUAGUUGCUAUCAGCUCGGUUUGUCAGAUUUAUAGGUUAGAAUGGCAUGUUGAUAUGUACUUUGCGAUUGCAAUAAACGUUAUCACAGCAUAUCUGUGCAUAAUAAUCUACACAUUUUUUGAACGUUAUAUUAACCCUCUGUUAUCGAAAGACUUGAUGAGAUUGUGGAUUAUUAUAUUUUCUAAAAAAAUAUUUUGUAUUUUUUGUGUACAAUUUUUUUAAGAGAUAGCAUUUUUAAUCAGCUUUUGAUCAUUGGUGCUAUUUAUAAAUAUUAGUUUCUAAAAGUACUUUUGAUAAUUAGAUGAUUAUACUAUAUUAAGUUUUGUAUUUAACUCUAUAUUUUAUUAUAGCUUAAAGAAAUGCAUUGUCAGAGGAGUUUACAUUUUUGUAUGCAUUAUAUAUCUCAAAUAUACUGGACUUUGCUAACUUAUCAUCACUCUAAGUGAUGAAAUCUAACACCAAAAUUAUUUUAGAAUGGCAAAUCUGAGAUAAUUAUAAAAUUGUUAUAAAAGCACAAACAUCAUAGAAUCUUUAGACAUAAUACUUCAAGUGUGAACAAUUAAUUACACUGUAAUUUCACAGAUGUUUAUAUGAUUUCUUAUCAUUUUAUUUGACAUCAGAUGAAAACUUUUGGAUAUCGACAAGAAAUUAUUUUUUAAGAAAAAAAUAAUUGACAUACGCUUUAUGUAUGAAAAACAUUCAUGAAAAACAUUUCAAUAUAUUUUGAAGACACAAUUUCAGGAUAUAUUAUAAUUUUGUCACAAAAAAUCUCAAAGGAUUCGUAGGUUACACGUGCAUACGUCCUUAUAAUUUGCAAAAUCGAGCAAAGAGCAAGGCAAUUAAUUCGAAGGUAAAAGUAUGAAGAAACGACGACCAUGCACAAGAAAUCAUUUUCCUUCGCAAAAAUAUUCUCAUACGCACGAACGUUUUCCAAUUAAGACGAGAAGUACUUACAAUUCCAAAGGCCGAAAUUCGAAACGGAAGUUUUCUAAGCUUCAGCAAAGCAACAGAUCUUAUAAUACAACGCUCUUAAAGGAAGAUGUGCUUGAAUCACUAGAAUCUCUCUUUGACUUGAAAAAACCUUUAAAUUUACGUGAUGUGUAUCCAUUAGCGUUUGAUUAUUACAAGAAAAAAUCAAUCCAAGAAAAAUCAGUUGAAGCGUAUAAUACUAUAAAAUCAGAAUUUCUCGUAGAAACGUUAUUUUUGCAACAUAUUUCUCCGGAGACAGAUCUCGAGACUAAUAUUUUUCAAACGAAUGAAAUACGUGACAAAACAGAAGAUGAACAGAAGAUAAAAACUAAAUUAGAAAAAGAAGAAUUCCAGGCGACUAUAUCAAAUUCUGUACAGAAAUUACAGCAAAACGUUUUUAAUCAACAAAAUCGCUCAAUAAACAUGGCUGAAAAUGGCGAAGCACCAGAAGAACAAGAAAAGAAAGUAGUAGAAGCAGUAGAUGAAGAUGCUAUCGUAAUAAAAGAAGAACCCACUGAAACAGUAGAAGAUCUCGCAGAAUAUAAAAUUGAACCUGAAGAAACGAAAAAGGAUGAAGAAGAGCGUAAGGAUAAAGACGAGGUCAAAGAAGAGCGUAAGGAUAAAGACGAGGACAAAGAAGAGCGUGAGAAUAAAGACGAAGACAAAGAAGAGCGUAAGGAUAAAGACGAAGGCAAAGAAAACAAGGUUGAUGAUAAAGACGAAGAUAAGAUAAAAGAUGAAAGUGACUUGAUAGGAGAACCUCUUUUGCACUCUACCCUAGUUAUUGCAAAAGAUGAAACAAUAAGUUUUGGCGGACUUGCAGAAUCCAUAAUCAGUUCACCUCUUUUAACUGAUGACAUGAUCACAAAAUUGAAGGCAAUGGAUGAGAGAUGUAUUAUACUAGUAGAUGAGAUCCAACAACUGAAACGUGAAGUCCAGGAGUUAUUAGAGAAGUCUGAGCUAACAGAGGAAGACACGUUCGAGAUUCAAAAGAAACAGGAUGUGAUCAUGUCAAAAGUAGCCGAACUCGAGCAACUGACGCAAAAAUUUCAUGAAACGCAAGUACAACAAAUUGAAGACUUAAGUAGCGAAAUAGAAAUUAUAAAGGAAAAAGAAGAAGAAGAAGUUGCAAAUCAAAUAGAUCAAAUAGAGGCAUUUAAAAAAGUUUUGGAGAAAGAUUUCUUCGAGUUACCACAAAUAGAAUAUCCCGAAGAUAAGCUUCCCAGAAUAAUUUUUUGCGGUUACACGGAAGAUAAAUUUCCAAAAGUUGUAAUAGCGGAAAGUGAACGAAAAGGAAAAGUAAAAUGUCUUGAAAAGUUAACUGGCAAAUUAACAGAAUCUUUAACGAUGCAAGAAAAAUUAGUGAAAGAAAACGCACAAUUGGAAGGUGGAAGGUAUAAACUCGAAGAAGCCUUGCUAGAAAAAGAUACAGCUCUCGAGAAUUUACAAAGGAAGGUAUGCAACCUGCAAGCAGAAAUGCGUAUAAUUGUCGAAGAGAAUACAGAGUUGAAUCGUCAGUUGGCUAUUUUGAAUCAGCUUGUGACUAGAUCUACCCGAUGUUGUACCUGUUCAGGUAUUACCCCGUCAUCUCCAACGUCACCAUCGUCUUUGCCUCCACGUUCACAUGUCAACGUACAGUUUAGAGACGACGUUUACUGCCAAUGCAAGUGCUGUCUUCAAUCACAAUUUGAUAUCUUGUCACCGACUACGGAAACCGAUUCACCGAGAUUGACAGGAGGUGGAUCCAAAACGGAGGAUCAUUAUUUCACAGAUAAUAGCGCUUUACAAAACGUGGAAAUGUGCUCGCGCAGUCCGGUUACUGUUAAGUCAUCGCUUCCUCGAGGAAUGUGUCCUGCAGAAUUGGAAGAUAAACUUGCGCUGUAUGGUACUAACACUAAGCAGCUAGAACAACAAUUAGGCAGCAUGGAAACCGAGGUGCGCAACAUGCAGAUGGAAUUAGCAAACGUACAAAAAGAGCGACAGCAAUUGGAACAACAACGUAAAUUGCUCAAAUGCACAGGACCUUGUGCACCGUGCAGUUGCUGUCCACCUCCGCCUUCGAUAUGCGUGAAAUCAGUGCCAGGACUUCCGUCUAUGCCGCCGAAAGCAUCUGCUAUAUCCGCGGUGUCUACCGCUCAGCUAGCUGGCACCGAUAUAAACGCGCAACAGCAAUUACGCGAUCUUCGCGAACAAUACGCCCGGCUUCAGGACGAUUACAAAAGUAAGUUAUGCGAGGUAUCGUGCAUGAGGACGGAAGCGGAAAAGAUGAAGCAGGAUACACGGGAUGCUAAGGAAGAGAAAGAACGAAUGGAGAUAAAGUUGAUAGAUGCUCAAGAACGGCUAAAGCUUCUAGAAUCAGAAAAGGGAAAAUUUGACGGUAAUAAGGAACAACUCAUCGAAAAGGAACAGGCUCUAAUCGUAGCGAAGCAACGCUUUCGAGAAGCGCAGGAUGAGCUAGAAGAGCUACGUUCCUUGAUUCAAGAUCAAGCUGCUCAGUUGGAGGAUUAUCGUAAUAAAUAUUUGCAAGCCCAGCAACAAGUUGAAGAACAGCGCAGACAAUUGGAUCUUAUGGAAAUGGACAAUGCGCGAAUGAAUGAAAAUGUUACUUUGGAAAUUGGACGUGUUAAAAAUCAAUUUCAAGAAAAGUUGGCCGAACUUGCACCAUUGCCCGAUAUUUUGAAACAAAUGCAAAUAAAGAUGCAGGAAGCCCAACAGAUGCGCUUAAUCGCUGAACGUAAUUCCGAGGAUUUGUCACGGGAAUUGUUAGGAUACAAGGAUAAGAUUCAAACUUUGCAAAAUCAAUUGGAUGUGCUGCACACUGAGCAUCGGACACUUCAAGAUGAAAGGGGACACGGAUCCGGCAAGUUCGACGAAAUGGAAAAAAAAUAUAGCGAGCUACGGCACGAAAACGAGAGAAUGAAACACACGGUGGCACGAUUCGAAGAACACGAAGCACAACUGCAGAAGCGCAUCGACGAGAAAAUGCAUGAGAACACGCAGUUGUCGUCGAUGUUGGAUCAGAUAAGAGAGGAUUCCGCUCGACAAGUAGCGAGAACAAAGGAGCGAUGCGAAACUAUGCGAAGAUCGAUGCAAGGGCAGAUCUCUGAAAUGGAAAGGCAAUUAGCGCAAUGCAGAGCGACAGCACGUGCCGCCCAACGCGAUAGAGAUGAGAUCAGGCAAAAGAUGCAGGGUCAAAUAACUAAUUUGAACGAGGCAUUUAAACACGCACAAGGCCGCAUAAAAUCUUUACAGGGUCACGUAAAUUAUCUCAAGACCUCUUAUAGCAACAUCUUUCUCGGUCAAGGAGAAACACCUACAGGUGCUCUGCCAGGGGACGAUUCCUGCGACUGCAACUAUUAAACAUGCGUACUUUUCCUUUCAAUAAUAACGCUACAUUUUUGCUCAACAUUAUAAAAUUAAUGUAUACCAGUUGACACCGCACAGAUUUUGUCGUGCAUUUAUAUUCUAAAUACUGUAGCCUUCUACAAUUGACAAAGUUGGUUGAUAAAUAAUUAUUAUACCGUCAUUUUUAUAAACAUGUAAACUAUGGAACAGAUAAAAUAUAAAAAAAUAAAGUCAAAAUCUACAUAGUAUAUAACGACCAUCUAUUUCGUUAUCUUUAAUUAGUAUAUUUAUAUCUUCGAUUAAUCUCUUUACAUAGAAAAUGCUAUGGAAGUAUAGAAUAAUGC